AUGGAUGCACACUUGAUUUCAACAGUCAACCGGCUCCAGGAUGCGUUUGCCACGCUGGGUCCUAUGUCGAACCCGAUUGACUUGCCACAGAUCACCGUGGUGGGCUCGCAAUCGAGCGGCAAGUCGUCUGUUUUGGAAAACAUUGUGGGUAGAGACUUUUUGCCUCGAGGCACAGGUAUUGUGACGCGUCGGCCCUUAGUGUUACAACUGACAAACCGACGCGCCGGUGACAAGAUGUCUGACGGGAGCGAUGCACCUGCAGAAGAAUGGGGCGAGUUUUUGCAUUUGCCAGGCAAAAAAUUCACAGACUUUGACGCCAUUCGCAAGGAGAUUGAGGCCGAGACUGAGAAAACCACGGGCCACAAUGCCGGCAUUUCACCCGUGCCCAUUAACCUGCGAAUCUUUUCUCCCAAUGUAUUGACCCUAACACUGGUAGAUCUUCCUGGUCUGACUAAGGUGCCUGUGGGCGAUCAACCACAAAACAUUGAGCGGUUAAUCCGCGACAUGGUGCUCAAGUUUAUUUCUAAGCCUAAUGCUAUCAUUUUGUCUGUUACAGCCGCAAACACGGAUUUGGCCAACUCGGACGGACUGAAGCUUGCACGAGAGGUGGACCCAGAGGGAACACGAACAAUUGGUGUUUUGACCAAAAUUGACUUGAUGGACCAGGGCACUGACGUGGUGGACAUUUUGGCUGGCCGUGUGAUUCCGUUACGUUAUGGAUAUGUGCCAGUCAUUAACCGAGGCCAGAAGGAUAUCAAUGGGAAAAAGAGUAUCAAGGAUGCCUUGGAGAAUGAGCGCAAGUUCUUUGAAAACCACCCGUCAUACCGUGCAAAGGCCCAAUACUGUGGUACACCAUUUCUUGCACGCAAACUCAAUACCAUUUUGCUUCACCAUAUCAAAACCACUUUACCUGACAUUAAGGCCCGCAUUCAUUCGACUCUUACAAAGUAUCAGGCCGAGUUGCAGCAGCUGGGUGGUGAUGAUUUGCUCGGGUCACCAUCCAACAUUGUUUUGAAUGUCAUUACGGAGCUCACAAACGAGUAUCGCACGAUUCUCGAUGGUAACUCACAGGACCUUAGCACAACAGAACUUUCUGGAGGUGCUCGUAUCAGCUUUGUGUUUCACGAGCUUUACACCAGUGGAAUCAAGGCUAUUGACCCGUUCGACCAGGUCAAGGAUGUGGAUAUUCGUACAAUUCUUUACAAUUCAUCUGGAUCUUCUCCAGCGUUAUUUGUUGGCGGCGAGGCUUUUGAAGUGAUUGUUAAACAGCAGAUUAAGCGUUUUGAGGAGCCCUCGCUUAAAUGUGUGUCUCUUGUGUUUGACGAACUGGUACGGAUUGUCAACCAGAUUUUGCAAAAGAGCGUGUUUAAGCGGUAUCCGACACUCAAAGAUGAGCUCUUCAGCGCAAUUGUUGCAUUCCUAAGAUCAAGACUUUCCCCGACUAACGCUCUUGUUACGGACAUUGUAUCAAUGGAAGCAGCCUACAUCAACACGGCCCACCCCAACUUUAUGAAUGGAACAACAGCCAUGGCGAUUGUACAAGAACGCCUCCACCCAACGCCACCUGUUCGUGUAGACCCCAAGACAGGCAAGCCAUUAAAGAGCCCUGAGCCAGAGCCAGUGCACAUUGACGACGACAAGGGCGGGUUUUUCAAUUCGUUUUUUGCGUCCAAGAGCAAAAAGAAGCUUGCUGCCAUGGAACCUCCACCAGCAGUUCUUAAGGCGUCGCCGGCUCAGUCGGAGCGCGAGACUAUGGAGACAGAAGUGAUCAAGCUGUUGAUUUCAUCAUACUUUAACAUUAUCAAGAGCACAAUGACUGACUUGGUUCCCAAAGCCGUGAUGCUGAAUUUGGUACGUCAGUCGCGUGAAGAAAUCCAAACCAAACUUCUUGAGCAGCUGUACCGACCAGAACGCAUCCCGGACCUGCUGAAAGAAAGUGAGUUUACAGUGCAACGACGCAGAGAGUGCUCGCGUAUGGUGGCCAGUUUGCAAAAGGCGGCUGAAAUCGUUGCCAGUGUGUAA